GUCCGCUCACCUGGUUGCUUGCUUGCCCAUCUGUCUGCCCGUCUGCCCAUCCGCCCGCCUGUCCAUCCAUCCGUCUGCAAGCCCACUCGGGCACAUGUUCGUUGGCCGUGUCUGCUUGCUGGGCAUUUGCCCAGCACACUCGCAGUCACCGUACGCAUGGUGGUCGACCACGCCCUGUGUCCGUGUGCUCACCCUCUCGCGCUCUCGCCCGCCUGCUCGCGCACCCACCCAUCUUCCUGCUCACCUACUCAUCCGCUGCAGGUGUACAUGGAUAUCACAUGUACGCCCGAGGAGAUCGAGAAGGGUAUAUCGGCUCAUGUUGAGCAUGCCCCAACAAACUUCCUGUCAAUACUCACGAACCCCAGGUGACCUCAUUGUCCAGGUUGUUCAGCGCGCGCAUCAGGCUCUCGUACACCUCGACGAGCUUCUGCCUGCUCUCGAGCGCCCCGCGCCCGAGCGCGAUGUCGUCCCACGCGCC